UGGACAAUAGUUAGAACCAGGGUGUCUGUGCUGACUCCUCUAGCACCGAGAUGCAGUGCCUCAGACCGCUCGGGAGCCCCGAGUUAAAGAGGGAAAUGUUUUAACUGGCUCAGAAACACGAACGCAUAGACUCCAAGCGUCUACUUGGCAGACAGGGACGAAGAAGAAAGAGAAGAACGUGUGAUAAAGAAGAUGAUAAAUGAGCUCUGGUGGAGGUUUUGUGUACAGCUGAACCAUUCUGACAGAGAGUAGUACGCUGCAGACUUGUCUUAGUAAUGGAUGUGUACUUCGGGGAGGGGUGGAGGGAUGGAGGGAGUCAUCAAGAGAGGAGAGAAAGGGAGGAUGAGUUAUAAUCAGCGAGGAGGGAGAGAAGACAGGGAGGGGAAAGCAAGCGAUCUACAGCGUGUUUAGGAGAGAGAGAGGCUGAGUAAAGUUUCUUACCCGGUUACAACAUUUUCCUCGCGCACAGCUGAUCCUCAAUACAUUCGCGAGCAUCUCUAGGAGGAAAUCAAGGUGUGGUCAUCAUGUUGGGGGUGUGUCUGUCCGUCCUAUUGCUCCUCCCCCUGGCCUCAUCCAUCCCCUCCCCCUCUAGACCUCCCCCAAGACUAUGCAGACGAUGCUGCGACCCCCUGCAGCCCCCAGAAUCCUCUGCUGCACACCCUGCCCACCACGCCCCCGCCACGCCAGAGGUCCACACCUACAUCAACAUGACCAUACUCAAAGGUGAUAAAGGUGACAGAGGAGAUAAAGGCAUGCCAGGGAAAAAUGGUAAAGAAGGUCCCCAAGGUUACCGGGGUCCCAUGGGUCCUCAAGGGACUAAGGGCCAGGCGGGCGCCCCGGGAGAUGCCUGUAAGCCACAGCACUCCUCCUUCUCUGUAGGAAGACGUAAAUCCCUCCACAGUAUAGACUACUACCAGGCCCUGGUGUUUGACACGGUGUUCGUCAACCUCUACGAGCACUUCAACAUGUUCAAAGGUAAAUUCUACUGCUUCGUCCCAGGUAUCUACUUCUUCAACGUGAACAUCCACACGUGGAACUUCAAGGAGACCUACCUCCACCUGAUGCACAACGAUAAGGAGCAGGUGAUCCUGUACGCCCAGCCCAGUGAGAGGUCCAUCAUGCAGAGUCAGAGUGUGAUGAUGGACCUGGCGCUGAACGACGAGGUCUGGGUCAGGCUCUACAAGAGGGAGAGGGAGAACGCCGUCUAUAGUGAUGACGUGGACGUCUAUAUUACCUUUAAUGGAUACCUGGUGGCGCCUAGUGUCCAGUGAUCAGAGUGGAGGGGGAGGGGGAGGAAACUCUGGGUUGGAUUUUGGUCGUUUUAUCAUGCCUAAAGUUCAGUGAUGAAGAAGGAGGAAAGAAGAGAGAGGGGGAACUUGCGCCAGUGUUGGAUUUUUGAUUUUGCUUGUGCCUAUAUUGCCUUCAGUGCUCACCAAAUGGAAAUUUUAGUUGUUCCUUUGUAGUGCCUUCAGUUCUCACCAAAUGGAAACUCUGGGUUGAUUUUGAUUGUUCCUUUAUGGUGCUUUCAGUGCUCACCAAAUGGAAACUCUGGGUUGAUUUUGAUUGUUCCUUUAUGGUGCUUUCAGUGCUCACCAAAUGGAAACUCUGGGUUGGAUUUUGUUUGUACUUCCGUUGCUCCUAAAGCAGCCAAUGAUACAAAUGACCUGCGCACACGUUUUCCUCUGCCUCACGAUGUAUUCCUCUCAGGUACUUUGAAUGGGGAGGAUUGUGGGCAGUGUUGUGUAGUGUCCCAGUGUUAUGUAGUGUCCCAGUGUUGUGUAGUGUCCCAGUGUUGUGUAGUCCCAGUGUUGCAGUGUUGUGUAGUGUCCCAGUGUUG